CCCUGAGCCGCCGCGGGUUCGCCCGUGGCGUCACUUCCGGGGCGGGGCGGAGACGCGCGCGCAAAGAUGGCGACGCCCUAUGUGACGGACGAGACCGGGAGGUACAUCCCCUCCACGCAGCGGCCGGAUGGGACGUGGCGGAAGCAGCGGCGGGUGAAGGAGGGAUACGUCCCCCAGGAGGAGGUGCCCGUGUACGAGAACAAAUACGUGAAGUUUUUCCGGAGCAAACCGGAGCUGCCGCCGGGGCUGAGCCCGGACACGGCCCCGGCGCGGCCCCCGGGACCCCCCCAGGGCCCCCCCCCCGAGCAGGGCCUGUCCAAGGCCGCCCGCAGGAACCUCAAGCGCAAGGAGAAGCGGCGGCAGCAGCAGGAAAAGGCCCCGGAGCGGCCGCAGGACACGGACGGACUGAGCCCGGCGCUGGAAAAGCUGUCGCUGUCGGGGCCCGGCGGGACAGGAGGGGCCCCCCCGGCCCAGGGGGGCGACGGCGCCGGGAAUUCCGAGCGCAGCCGCCGCAUCAAGAGCCUGCGGAAGAAGCUGCGGCAGGUGGAGGAGCUGCGGCGGCGCCUCGAGGCCGGGGGGCUCCCCCAGCCCACCCAGGAGCAGCUGGAGAAGCUGGGCCGGAGGAAAGCGCUGGAGGACGAACUCAGGGGGCUCGAGUCGGACUCGUAGGGGGGGUUGGGGGGUCUCUGGGGGGUUUGGGGAGGGGGGAGGGCAGGGCCGGACAGGACGGUUGUUCCCGGCGAGGACCCGGCAGCUCCUGGUUUUUAAUGGAUCGAUGUGGGUUUAGGUGGGAGGGGGCCGUGCCCCCCCCGUGCCCCCCCUGCUCUUCCCACCCCCCCGUUCUGUGUCACAGCUCCUCCCCCCUGCUUAUUUCUCUUUUUCUCUCUUUUUUUCCUUUAUUUUUAAAAAUUGUGGAAGAAUAAAAACUGCAGCACUGAC